UUUUCUCGACUAAUUUCUUAUUACUUUCAUCGGUCUCUCUCCAUUAAAAAUUCCUCCUUUUCUUUACCUCUUUUUUCAUUUGCAUCGAAGCUACUGUCUCGCAUCAUGCACCUAUUUUCGAUCCUGGCCAAGACGAUCAUGUGUGAAUCACAAAAAAUACAAGGUACGGAGGGCAAUAGUACUGCUGGUGGCAAAAUGACUGAUAACAAUGAAUGGGAGAAGGAAUCUGCGUCCCUGCAGUUGGUAGGGCAGGUGUCGCUAGGAGAUUUAAUAUGGGUCAAACUCCAUGGAAACUCAUGGUGGCCAGCAGUGGUUGUUGAUGAGAAGAGUGUUAGCGAGAGUAGUAAACCGGGAGGUAAAUCACGGGGGAAGGUGCUGGUGCGUUUAUAUGGGAGCCAUGAGUACUUUUAUGCAGACCCUAUGAAAUAUCAUUCCGAGUUUAAAACGAUUCUGGAACAGAACAAUGGUAAUUGUUACGACAUUCUUGGCAAAACUUUGGAGCAGCUUCGCCAGAAAUCUAUUAAACCAAAGGGGCAAGGAUCUAAGGCUACAGGCAGGACUUCCAAACAAGAUGAAACUCCCAAGAAACCCAAGAGAAAGAGCCCUAGUACCGAUAAACAUGCAAAGAAUAAAGCCAAUGAGCAAUCGAGUGUCCCGAAGAAACAAAGGAAAAACAGCCAAACUGCAGAGAAAAAGAAGCCAAAUAGUAGAAGUGCCAAGGAAAAGCCCAAGAGUUCAACUUCUAAGGAACAGAAGAGGGGUAAAACUUCAAAGCAAGGUGAGGAGCAGAAAAAGUCGAAGCCGAAUAGGCCAAGAACAUCCAAAGAGGAAAAUGAGGAGACUGGUAGCCAAAGCUCUAAAGGAGCUUCACCAGGAGAAUCUCCCAAGUCAGGUACCCGAAGAACAAGAGUGAUGCAAGGUCUGGGUUUGAUUGCACCUCCUGGUUCACCAUUUGACAAGAACGGACUCAUAUAGCCAAGUAUGUCGGAACAAAUUUCCCAUGGCAUGGUACUAUUCCAAUACAUUUGUGAUGCGGCUUAAAUGACUUAGCUAUGAACUGUACGCUUACAAAUUUUAGUUCAUCCAUGAACAAAGACAGUGGAAUCAGACAACUUAUGCCACUUGAAUUCUAGAAUCUUAUGUAAAACUUAAAUCUCUUUGAAAUUUUACUAGAGGAUAAAAUAGCCAUGGGUAAAAAUUGGGAGUGA